AUGAUGCGCAAAGCUAGUGUCCGCUGGAUGAAGAUUAUUGUGUCGAAAUGCAGCUCGUCGCGUGCCCGUCGCCUUCGCUCCGCCCGUCGCCUUCACUUCCCCCCCGUCGCCUUCACUCCCCCCCUACCCCCCCUCUUCUGUCUCCUUCAUUUCCCCCUCCCGUCGCCUUCACUCCCCCCUCUCGUCGCCUUCACUUCCCCCUCCCGUCGCCCUCACUUCCCCUCCCGUCGCCUUCAUUUCCCCCUCCCGUGGCCCUCACUUCCCCCUCCCGUCGCCUUCAUUUCCCCCUCCCGUCGCCCUCACUUCCCCUCCCGUCGCCUUCAUUUCCCCCUCCCGUCGCCUUCACUUUCCCCUCCCGUCGCCUUCAUUUCCCCCUCCCGUCGCCCUCACUUCCCCUCCCGUCGCCUUCAUUUCCCCCUCCCGUCGCCUUCACUUCUCCCCCCCGAUGCCUUCGAUUCCCCCUCCCGUCGCCUUCCACGCCUGCCGCACUCGCUUUCCCGCCCGUCACACUCGCUUCCCCACCCGUCACCUUCACUUCCCCUCCCAUUUCCUUUCACUCUCUCUUGUUCACUCUCUUUCCCCCUGCUCACUCUCUUUCCCCCUGAUCACUCGCUUCCCCCCUCCUCAAUCUCUUUCCCCUGCUCAUUCUCUUUCCCUCUGCUCACUCCCCUUGUUCUAACCCCACUCUCCCCAUUUCUCACCCAUUUUCCCCCUUCACGCUCUCUUACCCCCUCUCCUCGCCCCUGUUUUCCCGGCUCACUCCUAUACUCACUCUCUCCCCCCCUGCUCACUCUCUUCCCCCCCUGCUCACUCUCUUUCCCCCUGAUCACUCUCUUUCCCCCUUCACGCUCUCUUUCCCUCCCUUCCGCCCGUUGCCCCCCUUCGUCUCAUCGCCCUCCCUGCUGCUCGUCACCUUCGCUCCCGCUCGUCCCCUCGCAAUCCCCGUCUCUCUCUCCCCCCAUCGCCCUCCCUUCCACUCCUCGUUGCCCUCGCCAUCCCUCCCUUCUCCCUUCCCAUCUCGCACACUUGUCACGCCCCCUUUCCAACCCGCACAUACACCCUUCCCUUCUUCCUUGUUUCCCCGUAUCCCCUGCGCUGCUUUCCCCCAUCCUCCGACUUGCUCCCCCCAUCCCCUUCCCUGCUUCCCCCCGUCCCCUCCCCUGCCUCCCCCCAUCCCCUUCCCUGCUUCCCCCCCGUCCCCUUCCCUCCUCCCCCCCGUCCCCUCCCCUGCCUCCCCCCAUCCCCUUCCCUGCUUCCCCCACCCCCUUCCCUGCUCCCCCCCAUCCCCUUCCCUGCUUUCCCCCUUCCCCUUCCCUGCUUCCCCCCGUCCCCUUCCCUCCUUCCCCCGUCCCCCUCCCAGCAUCCCCCCAUCCCCUUCCCUGCUCCCCCCCAUCCCCUUCCCUGCUUCCCCCCAUCCCCUUUCCUGCUUCCCCCCAUCUCCUUCCCUGCUUCCCCCCACCCAUCCCCUUCCCUGCUUCCCCCCAUCUCCUUCCCUGCUUCCCCCCAUCGCCUUCCCUGCUCACCCUUGCUCCCUCUAGGAAUGAUGGGAUCGGGAAAGGAGGGAUGAGGAAACGAGGAAAAGAGGAAACGAGGAAUGGGGUGGGGCAGAAAGGGGUGGGGCGGAAUGGGGUGGGGCAGAAAGGGGUGGGGCAGAAUGGGGUGGGGCGGAAUGGGGUGGGGCGGAAUGGGGUGGGGCAGAAAGGGGUGGGGCGGAAUGGGGUGGGGCAGAAAGGGGUGGGGCGGAAUGGGGUGGGGCAGAAAGGGGUGGGGCGGAAUGGGGUGGGGCGGAAAGGGGUGGGGCGGAAUGGGGUGGGGCAGAAAGGGGUGGGGCGGAAUGGGGUGGGGCGGAACGGGGUGGGGCGGAAUGGGGUGGGGCGGAACGGGGUGGGGCGGAAUGGGGUGGGGCGGAAAGGGGUGGGGCGGAAUGGGGUGGGGCAGAAAGGGGUGGGGCGGAAUGGGGUGGGGCGGAAUGGGGUGGGGCGGAAUGGGGUGGGGCGGAACGGGGUGGGGCGGAAUGGGGUGAGGCGGAUUGGGGAGAUGAGGGAUGGGGAGAUGAGGGAUGAGGAGAUGAGGGAUGGGGAGGUGUGGGAUGGGGAGGAGAGGGCUGGGGAGGAGAGGGAUGGGGAGGUCAGGGAUGGGGAGAUGAGGGAAGGGGAGAUGAGGAAUGGGGAGAUGAGGGAUGGGGAGAUGAGGAAUGGGGAGAUGAGGGAAGGGGAGAUGAGGAAUGGGGAGAUGAGGGAAGGGGAAAUGAACGUGUAUGCGACGGAAGGGUGCUGCUGGCCACUAGCGGUGGGCGACAGUGGCGGUGGGGGGAAGCGUGGGCGACGGUGGCGGUGGGGGGAAGCGUGGGCGACGGUGGCGGUGGGGGGAAGCGUGGGCGACGGUGGCGGUGGGGGGAAGCGUGGGCGACGGUGGCGGUGGGGGGAAGCGUGGGCGACGGUGGCGGUGGGGGGAAGCGUGGGCAAUAUGCUCCCCUGCCCCCUGCCCCCUGCCCCCUGUCAUCUGAAGCACUGCGCUCCUUGCUGCCCGACUGCACGUGCUGCCCCGGCUGUGCGCCCAGCGCUCUGCUCCAAAGCCGCAGCAGCACCUGCCAUGCGUGCGGGGUUGGUGCAAGAGAGAGAAGGGUGGGUGCUGCUGAUGCACCCUAUGAUAUCCCGCCGCGAUCGAGUCACGACCCCAUCCCCAGCGCUCGAGACCUGCCCGCCAUACGUCCGCGGCCAGGGUGGGUGA